AGCUUGGCUCCACAUCACGGGACACGACUUCCCGCGAAGAUGUGGGCCUGUGGCAUCUACUGCCAGGUGGAGCUCCUCAAUGCGCUCACCAUGCUGCCACCGCUCUUCAGCACGGCGGCCGCUUGCUACGCGGUGCGUGGCAAGGGCUGGUGGCGCUCGUCGUCGGCUUUGGCGUUGAUCGCCGGGUGGUUCCUGAUGAUCCCCUUCAGUACGGCCUCGCAUCUCCAUUGUGCCUUCCAAGGGCAUUACUCGCAUAUCUUGAUUCGCUUGGAUCAAACAGGCAUCUCGGUGGCCUGCGUGCUGGCGGCCUGGGCGAUGUCCAAGUCCACCCGCUUCACCGCCAUCACUGCCAUGGCGAGCUUCAGUAUGGACCUCAUCAUGUGGCUGGGUCCGGCAGACCUACGAGUGCACGUGGCCUGGCGCUGCCUGACCUUGGCAGGUAUUGUGCUGGCUUACUUGAGCCCGAUGUUUUGGAUGAGGGACUCUUAUGAUGAAAGUAUAACUCCCAUCGGCUUGUGCUUCAUCGCCGGCUUUUGCAUGGCGAUCCAGGCGCCCCUGGGGCCCUACAGCCAUCCGCUCUUCCAUUUGUUGUUGAUUCCGUAUAGCUACUAUGUGUCGAGGUCGGCGAUGGUUUUCGAGCUGCUCCUGGAAUCACGAGCUGGAGCUGACCGUGAAUGGACCAUUGAGGAGGGCAGCUUCGAUGGAGACGAGAUCAAAAUCUUGGAGACAGGUGAUUGCUGGAACACAGGACACACCAAGGCUGAUGAGCUGCUGAAAGAUGCAGAACUGAGCGAUGUGGGCGAUGCCCGCGACAUUGAGCUGGGCACAGCAAGCCAAUCAAAUUUUCCUGUUUUUCUAAAGAGCUGCUGAUUUCUUCCUGAUUGGCCUUUUGAAUGUC